AUGGCCGAUUCCGAACCUCGCAAACGCCAUCGGCCGGCCAAAUCAUGCGAGCAGUGUCGCCAGCGCAAAGUCCGAUGUGACCGCAAUGUCCCCUGUGGUCCCUGUAGGCGCUCGCGGUCCUCAGUGGACUGUUCAUAUCGGGAGAACCUCCGUUCCCCGAGCCCAGUCGCGAUUGAGCAGACGUCCCUGCAUGCGACGCAACUGAGUGCUUCGACUGCGGGUCCAGCUAAUCAUGUCCUUCAGGAGACGCAACCACCAAUUAACACACAGGACCCGCCUGCCAAUUCGCAACACGGUUCAUCGGUUCGUCAGCUCCAGGACCGGCUGCAACGUCUAGAGGCGCAGCUGGCGACCUCAUCGACUGAGUCGGAUCAAUCUCUGGAGCGAACCUUGCGAGAUCUGUGCUGCAAGGUCCAGGCAUUGGAGGAACGGCUGUCGUCGCAAGCCACGCAUUCUACCCCGAGAAUAGAGCCGGAAAGAGAAGGGCAUGGAAGGCAGGAACAGAUGUCGACUAUGCCUUCGACACCUCUGCGGCUGGAUGCGAAAGUGAGAAAGAUGAAGCUGUUUGGCAAGGACCCGCAGUCUGCGUAUCCGGAGCGCAAAGCUGAACUGGCGACGCUCAUCAAGGAAUGCCGGAACCUCCGCAAGUCAGUCAAAAAGAGACAGUCUCUGAAACCGAAUGACCCUGUGUCAAAUCUGCUCAAUUCGAUACCCGCAAAAGAUGUGUGCGACGAAUUGGUGCGCUGUUACAUGGACACUUUCGAGCCUGUGUAUCGAAUCCUUCACUUGCCAAGUUUUCGAAAGGAGUAUCAUCGGUUCUGGGAGGAACCUCCCGCCAAGGUCACGCCUUACCUUGUUAAACUGACCUUGGUACUCGCUAUAGGGACUACAUUUCAUCCACGGCGAAGCAAAGCAGGCACUGAACAUGACUCGCGGCUGGUCCAGUCCUGGAUAUACGCAGCUCAGUGGUGGCUCACUGGGCCAACGGAACGGUUGACAUCGAGCCUAGAGGGUAUUCAGGCCGUUUGUCUGCUUCUUCUCGCCCGUCAGAUGGGAGACCUGGGACCGUCUAUCUGGCUGUCACCAGGGUCUCUUCUGCAGGCGGCCACGGCCAUGGGCCUGCAUCUGGACUCUGCCAGAUUUCCCAGCCUGUCACCCUACAUGGCCGAAAUGCGUGCACGUCUAUGGACAACCGUUCUAGAGCUUACAAUCCAAUGCUCCCUGGACACCGCUGUACCACUGAUCAUCCCCGCUUCAUCUGACAGCAAACCCCCUUGCAACCUUAACGACAAGGACCUUGACCCUGACAUGAAACAAGCAACCACAGCCCGACCCAUGUCCGAACUGACGGACUCCUCCAUCCAAUUGCUGCUUCAUGAAUCCUUCUCCCUCCGUGCUGAAGCCGUCAACCUCAUCCAUGACCGUUCAAAUCUGACGUUCACCCAAGCUAUUCAGCUGGGUUCCAAGCUCCGUGAUGUCUGCCAAACCCUAACUAAUUUCUUCUCCUCCCAUAUCCUCGACCUCCACCCGGCCUCCUUCCACCACAAAUUCCUUGAUAUGAUCCUCCGCCGAUACAUCCUCCUCCUCCACCUCCCAUUCAUGCGCGAAGCAGCCACCAACCCCCAGUAUCAUUUCUCGCGCAAAGUCUGCCUCGAAUCCGCCAUGAUCAUCGCAUCCUACGCCAGCACCCUGACUCUCCCCGCCACCACCGACCUCGACGCCUUCGCCCGUCUCCUCAUCUCCGGCCGCGGCUCGUUCCGUGGCCCCUUAAGCCUGGAACUUUUCUCCAUCCUCGGACUAGAAGUGAUUACCCAACUCGACGAAUCCCCUCCUCCUCCUCCUCCUUCGCAGCCCCCCGCCUCCGCCGCCACCUUGACAGCAAGAGCAAUGACCCGAAACCCCCUCGCCGAGCUCGCCCGCGCCACCCGAGCCCCCCUGAUCCAAACCCUCGAGCACAUCCGCGACCAGAUCUUCCAGAUCAUCCGCCUCGGCACCCCGAGUCUCAAGCGCUGUAUCGUCCUCUCGGCGAUGUUGGCGCAGGUCCGCGCCAUGGAGACGGGCGACUCCGUCGAGGAGGCCGUCGGCGCGUCGCUGGUCCUCAGCCUGAAGGAGUGCUACGCUGCGUUGCAGAGCUUUGCGGCGGCGACGGCGCACGGAGAAGGGGAGGUUGCGGAGGUUGCGGCUAUGAUGACGGGAACGACGGCGGUGGGGUCAAGCCUUGGAAGUCCGUCCGGGCUGCCCGGGUUGGAGUUGAAUGCUGUAAGUUUCUUCUGGUUUCUUGCUGGUGGUGGUGCUGCGUGGUGAGAGGGAAGGGAGGGAAACGCUGGGUGUGUUUGGAAGCUAAAGCUAAUCGCGGGUUUGUGUAGGAUCUUGAUCUUGAUAUCGCGAGUUUG